AUGCAAACAGUUAAGGAUCAAAAUUGUCAGAAUAAGCCCCCUGGGGCUGAAACAGUAGCUAAGCGUUACAAGAGCAAAACAGUUGAUGAAACAACCCAAAAUCCAAGCAGCGAAACACCUCGCCACAGCCAUUGGGACCAAAGCCACCCGAAACCAGUCGCCAAGGACAGCGGCGAGAGCAAGAGCGAUGAGACGAGCAGCACGGCAUCUCCCUCCAUAGCGCACAGAAUCAGCAAUCCAACCGGACCAACUCUACUCACUAGAAUAAUCCAAGAAAACAGCGAAUCACAAUCCGAACCCACAACACUGUCAUAG